ACAGAUCAUGUUCUGACGAUGUUUUUUCCGAAACAAGUUUUGCAUGAGCUCACGAUGCCAGUAGAUCAAGAAAUAUGUACUGUGUGUAUACACACACACACACACACACACGCACACAUACACACAGCCUUGAGGUUUUAUAGUGAAACUGUAGAAUGCGAUGGGCUUGUGCUGCUUGUGAUGAGCUAAGCUUCUCUGCAGAGUCGAGGCGAGCCUUUAUGCAAAAAGCAUCAGAGCCAUAAGGAGGCGAGCUGGGUGGGCCGGCGCAGCGCUGGCUGAGCUCUUUCUGCUGCUUUGCAGGGAGAGGCACACCAAACAGAGUGCGCAGCCUUCCAACGGGGAAUUGCUCACGCUCGCCUGGACCAUGAGCUAUGAGUCUACCGUAUGGAAAAACCUAACGGAGAACACCACCACCAUUCCCCGGGAGCCCGGCAGACAGGAUGGCUAUGUGCUCCUGCUGCUCCUCUUGUCCAUCUUUAUUGGAGGACUCCUGCUCCUGCUCUCUGUGCUGCUGAUAGUCUGCCGCCGCCGCCGCCGCCGUCGCUGCUGUGAUGGCGGUCGAUGCUACUCCAGCGAUGACCCUGAGAAGACCGACGCCACUUACGCGGAGGAGCCACAGCCAGCGCAGGAGAUCACCAUCAGGGUGGAUGAGUCGGACUGUCUGUCCACCUCCAGCUGCCACGAUGUGGAGACGGAGCGCUUCCUGUCCACCGGCACCACCGGCCGGCGCGUCUCCUUCAACGAGGCGGCGCUCUUCGACCACGGCCGGAAGACGCAGGAGAGAGGUCGCAGGUACACGCUUACUGAAGGAGACUUCCAUCAUCUGAAAAAUGCCCGACUGACACAUCUCCACCUCCCGCCUUCCGCCCUGAAGAUAGUCACCAUCCACGAGUGCGAGUCAUCUGAAAACAACAUCGCCAUGGCGACAUGCCCCACCUCAAAGUCCAGCCUUUCCAUCUUCCAGACCCCGGUCUGUGCCCUCCCCCAGACUGCUUUAACCACCCUGAGCAUCAGCCCGAGCUCCCCCCUCCCCGGAGAUGCACUCAACUCUUUUGUGGAUACGAGUUUCUGCCAAAAGCCCCCCUCCCCAGGUCCAGAGUCCCCCUUCUCCAGCACGAGCGAGGCUGUGGAAGCCAGAUCCGGGAGCGGCAGCGGUUCAGGGAGUUCGGCUGAUGGUGCGUCAGCCUCGGGAGCCCCGCCUGUGCCAGGCUCUGCCCAGCGCCCCAUGCAGCAGUUACUCACCAAGCUGCGGCGUCAUGCAAGCCUGGAGGGGGCCAGCCCUUAUUUCAAGAUCAAAAAAUGGAAGCUAGACAGCAGCCAGCGGGCAUCCAGCCUGGACACCCGAGGGUCGCCCAAGAGAAGGCAGUUCCAGCGGCAGAGGGCUGCCAGUGAGAGCAUGGACCAGGAGGAGCACGAGAGCCACCACAUCAACAUCAUCCAGUACAUCGCCAGCAGGCACGACGCUGCAUACUGCCACAGUUUCCCCACCCCCAGCUUCCUGUCUCCCCCUUCCACCCCACCACCCUCCCUCGGCAGGUUAGAGGUGGAGGUGGUGGUGGAACCCAGCUGCAGCGGAGGGAGAGGGAUGAUUUCCACCUCCCCGGAGCCUCCGGAGGAGGUGGCGGAGCCAGGAGCGAGCUGCCCCCAGGAGAGCCUGGAGCACCACACCCUGUACCGUGACAUCUGGACCUUGCGGGCCUCCCUGGAGCAGUACGCUUCCUCCGACCAGAGCAGUAACAACGACAAGGACUCUGUGCGGAGCGACGCGGACAGCGUGUGCUCGCUGGGGGGCGGGGCUGACAGAAGGGGGCUGCCGAGCUACCCCUCGCAAGACAUUGGGGACGAACCGGAAGCGGAAGCAGAUUUCAGCGGUGAGGAGUGGCGGAGCAAAGGGGGCAAGCAGGACAGCGUGGAAUCGGAGCGGGGCAGCGAUGGGGAGUCGGGGAACCGCAGGCUGCUGCAGAUGGACAGCGGCUACGCCUCCAUCGAGGCCCCCUGCAGGGCCCCAGAGGAGCUGCGGCUGUUCGGCAGCACCGACAGCCCCAAGGACAAGACGGCAUCAGAGAAGAGGCGCUUCUUCACCAGCGCGGGACGCAAGGGUACCGUGUGCGAGAGCCUCGAGGCCAGCCUCUUUGAGGAAGAGCUGGAGGACGAGGCCGUGGGUGGCGCAGACGUAGAGAGCCCGCUGCGGUGGUUGCCGUACGGCCAGAUGUUCAUACCCCGCGAGCAACCGCCCCACCUCCGCCGGAGGGACUACAGUAUAGACGAAAAGACCGACGCGCUCUUCCACGAGUUCCUCAGGCACGACCCCCAGUUCGACCAGCAGGAGUCGCCGCUGCGCUCCAAGCACCGCUCCCGCGUGCACCUGCGCAAGCAGUGGCAACGCUCGAAGCAGUACAGCGACCCCGGCGUGCGCUUCCCAUCAGCGCUCGAGCGGCAGCGUACCCCCCUCCGCCGGGGCGACAGCGUCAACUACCCGCUGGACACGGGCUACCACGGCACGCUGCCGCGCAUCGUCAGCGCCCCCGACGAGGAGGUGAGCGAGGGGGCGUCCGGCUCGGCCGAGACCCCUCAGCCGGAAGCGGCUGGCCCGGAGAUGGAGGAGGACAGGCGAAAGGUGAGCCCCAGCAGCAGCAGCAGCAGUCGGACGAUCAAGGAAGAAGAGGGGCGCUCGUCCUGCUCCCCACCCCCGACCUCCGACGGGGCGCCGGAGCAGCCCGAGCUCCCCGAGGACUGCAGGCCGGUCGGGCAGCCCCCCGAGCCGCCCGAGGAGCGUUUGGCCCCCGCGUCGCCUGGCUACGGCCCGCAGACCAUCACAGAAGAGCUGACGGACAAGCUUGCUUUCAACCUGGAAGAGAGACUGUACAGCAGCCUUCGCAAGGUCAAGGACAGCCCCGAGUGCGUGGCGGUCGUCGCUCACGCCUCCCCCGACCACAGCCCAGUGUAGCACGACUCCAGUCACCCUCCCCUCCUUGAGAAAAUCUUUUUUUUUCCCCGAACAUUUUUCUUUUCCGCCAGCCAUUCAAUCGUGUCUUCAUCCACAGCUAGACGGGUUGGUUGAGAAGAAUCCAGUAACUUACGCUAUAAGCACGGUACCUGUGUAGAGCCUAACGUUAUUGUCCAACUUGCUCCACCCUGUGUUUCUUUUACUACCGUUUGCCUUGUUUUCCAGAGCGGUAAGUGAUGACUUAAGAAAGGUACAGUAGGCGCCCUCUGCACUAAUAACUCCACUGUGAAAUUGGGUGCUAUUCCACCUGCUCGUACCACUGCUGUGGGGACAAGCACACCGACGACCACGUUGACCGCAGGGGUCCUUCGGAUGAGCAUUCAGCAUUAUUUUCUAGGCGAUGUUUACAACUUCGUUGGCUAAGUGUUCUUGGUAACACUUUAAUUUAGAGUUUAUGCUUAACAUACGAGCCGCUGACAAAGGGCUUAUUGGUAAUAAUAAUAAACUAUCAGUUACAUGGUUACUUUACAGUGUUGGGUGACGGUGUUAUACAGUAUUAUAACUGUUAUACAGUAUUGAUGUGAUAUUUUGAAAGCGGUUAAAGCACAUGUGUAAGUACUGCUAGUUACUGAUGCUUUUUUAGGGUAAACAGGUUUGUGGCUAAGGUGAUGUGAAACCUUGAUUGAAUGAGUCGAGUACUCGUAAUUCCAGAAACAUUUUAGGACAUACUUCCAUAAGCGGUUUAUUUGGAGGUGAUUAAUCAAAAGUUAAGUCUUGUUCCCCAGUUUUAAAGCGCUUAACACACACACACACAGGUCAGAGAGGAUUGUUUUAGUGCAGAGCAUGCCCAAGCAUUUCAAAUACAUUUUUUUCUGUGAUGAUACACAUUUUUCAUACUGUUGCCAUACUGUAAUUUUUUUGUGAUUCACUGCAUGAACGCUGUGGUCCCUACAUCACCUCUGCAAUUUUUUUUUUUUUCCUUUGAAAAUUCCAUUCGCACAUCAGUUUCUGCACUUGUACCCAUAUGAAAUGUUAAAAAGAUAUUUUGCACGCAAGGAACAAAUAUGGAAACCGCAGUGAGCGUGAAAAGCGUAUUUAGUUACGAAAAAUGCAUUAGGUGUCAGUAGUCACUCAUGAAGAUUUAUGUCGUUUUCUCGUCGGUGAAGUUUUGCUCAUCUCCAGCGAAACAGCCCACUGCACACAUUCUGUUAUUUACUAUUAUUUAUUCACUUACCCUAAGUGCACAUGUUCACACGGGAUCUCACUUUAAAUGUAGUGAAAUGCAUUUGAUUGUACCACUGUGCUAUUUUGAGCCCCCUUUUAAUAUUUGCAAGUUGUGGCUCACUUGAGUGAUGUGCGCGAGUGUCAGAAUGUUGCCACUCCCAUUACAUUUGACAACCUGCUUUCUCCGAGCUCAUCAUCGCCGUUAAGAUGCUUAGAGUAUUUGCUCUGAGAAUGGGGGAAGUGGUCCGUGACACCUGACCAAAAAAACCCCUGGAGAUACGAGAGCGUCGUCUCGGACCGGCUUUCCACCGGUUAGCCAAAACCCUGUAUUAUUAACUUAUUAUUAACCGUAACACUUCGCCGUCAAUGUCAGCCAGUCACUUUUUGGCAGCGGCUGACCGCCUGCGUGUUCGUGGACGGUGUCUCCGAAAGCCGCAUCUGGCUCCAUGACUAUGGCGUAAAUUGCUCAGCUUAAGCUCUUUAAUAGUGCCUUAAAUGUUUUCGCUAAAAAGUGUCGCCGAAAUCCUUAUGAUCCUUAUUACAUUUAAGACUGGCAAUUUAUCCUCUGAAACAGAUGACCGCAUGCAGCACUUAGCUAAGGGCUUAAUAACAUGGAGACGUUGAAGGCAUUUUGAAGAGUAAAGUCUGAACGGUUUUCGAUUUUAAAGAUUUGUUGUAUAACCAGCUUUCUCGGGUUAGGGUUUUACAAUUAACUUCUAAGGUGAUGAAAUUUAUGAUGAUAUGCUUCACGGGCAGCACAGUGGCAUGGCGAGUAGCAGUACUGUCUCACAAGACCUGGGUGGUGUGACAGGAUGUGGGUUUGAUCCACGUUCAGUC